AUGUUCGGCCCGUGGACGACGUUCAACAGCAUCGUCUUCUACCUCACGCUGGUCCUCAGCCUGGGGGGGCUGGCGGGGAACGGCCUCGUGCUCCGGACCCUCGGCUUCCACGUGAAGAAGGGCCCCCUCUCCGUCUAUGUCCUCCACCUGGCCUCUGCCGACUGCCUCUUCUUGGCCUCCCAGGCGGGCUUCUCCGUCGCCGAGGCCACCCUGGGCUCCCAGCACCCCCUGGCCUUGCCGCUCACCUUCCUCUGGUUCGCCGUGGGGCUCUGGCUGCUGGCGGCCCUGGGCACCGAGCACUGCCUGUCCAGCAUCUGCCCUGCCUGCUACCAGUGCUGCCGCCCCAAGCACGCCUCGGCCGCGCUCUGCGUCCUCAUCUGGGCCCUGAGCCUGCCCGCCGUGCUGCUGCCGGCCCACGCCUGCGGCCUGCUGGGCCAUGGCCGGCGCCUGCGGGCCUGCCUGCGCUACCACGCGGCGGGCCUCACCUGGCUGGCCUGCCUGACCGCCACGGCCUGCGUGCCUGGCCUGGUGCUGCUGGCCUGGGUGGGCUGCUGCUCGCCGCGCCCACGCCCGCACCUCGACAGCGUCGUCCUGGGCACCGUGCUCCUGUUCAUCCUCUGCGGGCUGCCCUUCGUCCUCUACUGGAGCUUCACCACUCCCCUGAACUUCCUGCUGCCCAUGUUCGGCCCCCUGGCCACCCUCCUGGCCUGCGUGGACAGCGGCGCCAAGCCCCUCCUCUACUUCAUGGCGGGCAGGCAGCGGGGGAAGCGGGAGCCUCUGCGGGCCACGCUGCAGAGGGCACUGGGGGGCAAGGCCGAGCGGGAGGCUGCGGGGCUGACCCUCCCUCUGGGCCUCAUGUAG